CUGUACUAAAAUAAACAAGGAAUAUGGGCACCAUAGUAAAUACCGUACACUGUCACAAGAGGUAUUUACAGACCAUUAUAGGGCAAAGAAAUAGCAUAAUACUGGGUAAUAAAACCGACGAUGGUCACUUGUCAACUAGUUAUUAUCUUAUCUAAAAUAAUUGUAAUACCUACUGUAUAUUAUUGAGUACAACUCGCAGCAAUCGAACCGUCGCUGAACACAAGAAUAUUGUAUGGAAUUAUUUUUACCAACAAGUACAACAUUUUUACAAAGACCUUCGAAUAGUCAGUGUCUAUUUGUAAGUCGAUCCACGCUUUUGGAUCCACCUCUUUUUUUUGUUCUUAAAUAUUGCCCCUACCUAUAGAAGUCUUCUUAAAAACAGUCCACGUGCCAAAUCAGAUAAAAUGACAGACAACAAAGUUCAACCGUGGAAAACGCAUACUAUUUCGGAAAGUAUUGGCUACGGCAAAUUAAGAGACAACCAAAACUGGUCGAGCAGUUAUUGUUUUGUGGUCGGCUCUGAUCCUCAGUUUGGUUAUUGCACCGACUGCAAACCUCGGCCUCCCACGUGCUGGCACCAAGAAAUGAAUAGAUCCAUGAAGGCUGUGGAGAAAAUCAACGCUUUAAGGCCCAGGCCUCAGUUUGUAGUGAUUUGCGGUGAUCUGGUGCACGCCAUGCCCAGUAAAGACGAAAAAACGAAUAAAUUACAAGUGCAAGAUUUUAAAAAGGUGUACGAUAAGUUACACCGGUCUAUAUCUCUUGUGUGCGUUUGCGGCAAUCACGAUGUAGGCAAUGAAGCAGACGAACAAUCUAUUGAUAUGUAUCGUGACGAAUUUGGCCAAGAUUAUUUUUCGUAUUGGUGUGGUGGUGUACGGUUUUUAGUGCUGAACACUCAGUAUUACAAAAAGAACACAGUACAGGAAAAGGCAAAGGAACAACAACAAUGGCUGGAAGGACAGCUGGCCAAACACAAAGGACAACGAAUUGUUGUAUUCCAACAUAUAGCGUGGUUCGCACUGAAAAUCGACGAAGACGAGACAGAUUAUAAUCUUGGUAAACAAUUAAGAAUGGAGAUGCUCGAAAAAUUCGCCAAAGCUGGCGUCACUCAUAUAUUUUAUGGACACAUUCAUAGAAACCACGAAACGUCCUAUAAAGGCAUGGACAUGAUCACUACUAAUGCCAUUGGUAAUCCGCUCGGAGAAAACCCUGACCCGCCCGGUUUGAGACUGGUAAAAGUUUAUGAAAAUAACUUGACACAUCAAUACUAUUCUUUAGAAGAAUUUCCUUGUUGUGUCGAUUUAAAUUAGUCAGAUUAUAUACAUAUUAAGAUAAUUGUGAUAUAACUUUAAAAAUAAAUAAUACUACACGAUUAUUAAAUAUUAUG